CCAGAGGCAGCUCUGGCUGUGAAAGGGGACACAUGUCCUUUGGAGGCUGAGGCUCUCUUCCACCAACACAAAUCAGCUAGGGGCAGAAAUAGGAAGGGAAGAGCAAGAGGAAGAGGAAGUCAGCAGCAGGAACCGAAACUGCACCCUGAAAGCAGGAAUCUGGAACGGGGGAACCUGGACUCUGUCCCUGAGUGGUACCUGGACUUUGCCUCUGUGGGCACCGGGACAGCCACCUGUUUCUCCACCCACCGCACCCAGCAAACCUUCCAGCACGCUGACACCCAGGCCUCAAGCAAGGAAACCACUGAAGGUGAUGGUCCAGGCCAGAGGAUGAAAUUGGAGGGUAGCAGGACCAAGGGAAAAGGGAAAGCGCCUCCAGCAAGGGCAGGCCCAGAGACUGCCCCCGCCCUCUGCUCUCCUGCCUGCCCGGUAUGUGGGGCUACUUGACCCUUCUGCCCAUCUUCCUGGCACUCUGGGCUAUCGCUGGUGUUUGGAUUGUUUUCGGGAUUGCUGUGGCCAACAGGACUGUGAACCUCAGCCAAGGGUUCCCCUACAUCAGCAUCUGCGGAUCCUACCCACCUCAGAGCUGUAUUUUCAGUCAGGUUCUCAAUAUGGGUGCUGCCCUGGCCGCCUGGAUAUGCAUUGUGCGUUAUCACCAGCUCCGGGACUGGGGCGUCGGGACGUGUUUUAACCAGCUGACCCUGUGGUCCGGGCUCAUCUGUGCUCUGGGGACCUCGAUAGUAGGCAACUUUCAGGAAAAGAACCAGAAGCCCACGCACCUGGUGGGGGCCUUCCUUGCCUUCAUCCCGGGCAACAUCUACUUCUGGCUACAGUUCCUACAGUCCUGGAGGAUGAGCAGCCUACGCCAGCCUGGGGAGCCCUGGAUCCGACCGCUGCGCCUGGGCCUAUGUGGCCUGUGCACCCUCCUCAUCAUGGCCACCAGUGAUUGUCCUGCACUUUCUGCAGCUGCGCUCGGCCGCCGCUGCCUGUGAGUGGGCCUUGGCCAUGCUGCUCUUCAUGCUCUUUGGCCUCUUCACCGUGGACUUCUCGGAGCUGGACGGCUGCACCCUGUGCCUGAGGCCUCAGCCAGGGCUCCCAGCCCUGCCGGGCUCCCCUGCGCCCUCGCAAGUCUAGUUAUCGCAGGGGCUCAGCUCCCACCUCCCUCCCUGUGCAGGAAGCGGGCCAGAGCCACCUGGGAGGCCUCCGAGAUGAGCCAGCAGGGACUCCCCAGCCAACCGGCUGGACAGGAACUCUCAGAGCCUGGAGGAUGCACGUGCGGAGGCUGCGCCCACACCCGCCUGUCCCUGUCUCUGCAGUGGGGGCGUCCAGGAAGCCAGAGGCCGAGUCCAGUGCUUGUCCCUGAUCGAGGCUAUUUAUUAUUUUUUUGUUGUUGCCGCCGGCAGAAUCAGAGACAUGGACACAGGCAGGAUCACGCGAAACCAGAAUUCCUUCCGGGAGAGCAAAUCCGUACAGAAGGUUGUGGGAGGCAGGGGAGGAGGGGCCCAGGAAGGGGAGUUGGGACGACACAGGGACAGGGCCCUGUCCGGAUCUGCUAAGCCACCCCAACCAGCUCCCGUCCCUCCCCCACCCCACCCACA